AUGGCAUCAUUUUCAUCCUCCAAGCUACUCUUCUCCGUCCUCUUCCUCUCCGCCUUCAUGUUCCUCUCCAUAAGUUGCACUCAAUUCGAAGUCGGCGGCGAAAACGGAUGGAAGAGUCCCAAGUCCAAAAGUGACCAAGAUGAGUUCAAUCAAUGGGCAUCAAAGAAUAGGUUCAUCGUUGGUGAUUCUCUCCAUUUCAAGUAUGCAAAGGACUCAGUCUUGGAGGUGACUGAAGAGGAGUAUGGGAAAUGCCAUUCCUCGCAUCCCGAUUUCUUCUCCAACAACGGCAACACCGUCUUCAAUCUCAACCGAUCGGGCUUGUUCUACUUCGUUAGCGGCAUCUCGGGGCACUGCGAGAGAGGGCAGAAGUUGGUCGUAAAAGUUUUGGAGCCUGCAAACCCACCUGAGCAGCCCCCAAGCCAGAAUUCAACAACAGAGAAAUCUCAAGCCAUUGCUAUUGGGACCUUUGCCAUUUCUUCACCAACUAUUGUGUUCUUUUUGUUGUCUUUCAUUGGAGUCCUUUUUGCUUAA